GUGUACUUGAUUGAUGAAUUUAGAACAAGUCAGCGCUGCCCAGCCUGUGAACGUAGAAGUCUUGAAAUGUUUCGGAUGGUCGAUAACCCGCGCCCUCAUAGACGAAGAGUAAAUCAUCGUGUAAUUAGACAUGGUCUCUUAAGGUAUGUUGAUUUUACUUCCAUGACUAAUAGCACAAAUAGGAUUGUUCCUCGUCUAUGGAAUUGUGAUAUGGUUGCUUGCUUGAACAUGGUUGAUAUUGUUCAUUCACUUCGUGCUGGAAACGGCAUU